UGCUUCCAUGAGCAUCAUCCCAACAAAUCUCCAAUCUUGUUCAAUCUCUUUGUAAAUAUUUUCUUGUCCAUUGAUUUAUGCUAUAGACAAUGGAACAUCUGCUCCUUGGUUUAGCAUUUGUGUUUAUCUUCUUAAGUCCCUUGAUCUAUGGGCACUCAACAAACGAAGUUAAAAACCUAUGUAGCAAAACCCCUUACCCUAAACCUUGUGAGUUCUUCUUGAGCAGUGAACCUAAGUAUGGUAUUAUUGAUAAUGAUCAAGAUUUCCUCAAAGCAUUGAUGAACUUGACACUAGACAAGGCCAUGCAAGCAGAUGAGAACAUGAAGAGUCUUGGCCCCAAGUGUCACAAUAAGCGCGAAAAGGCUGCAUGGGAUGAUUGUCUAAAGCUCUAUGAGUACACUAUCAACAGACUCAAGAAAUCGGCUGAUCUUGCGAAAAAGUAUAGCCAUGAUGAUACUCAAACAUGGCUCAGUGCAGCUCUGACCGAUCUUGAAACAUGUCAAGCCGGGUUCAUUGAGCUAGGGGUUACUAAAAAUGUGAUGCCUUUGUUGAAUAACAAUGUGUCUUUUCUAGUAGCCAACACUUUAGCUAUGAAUCACAAAGGAAAGAAGGCUAAAUUGCCAUCUUAUAAGGGUACAUUUCCUACAUGGGUUUCGCCUGGUGAUCGGAAGCUUCUCCAAGGUUCUUCGCCAGGUGACAAUGCGAAUAUUGUGGUGGCUCAGGACGGUUCGGGUCAGUACGAGACGGUGGCAGCUGGCGUUGCAGCUGCUAAAUCAAAAUCGGGAAAAGGUAGGUUUGUGAUAUAUGUCAAGGCAGGUACAUAUAAGGAAAAUGUCGAAAUAAGCUCGAAAAAUAUCAUGCUUGUGGGUGAUGGCAUUGGGAAGACGAUAAUUACGGGAAGCAGAAGUGUAGGCGGAGGUUCCACCACAUUUAAUUCGGCCACUGUCGCCGUGGUUGGCGACGGAUUCAUCUGUCGAGGGAUCACCUUCCGUAACACCGCUGGAGCGAAGAACGAGCAGGCCGUGGUGCUGCGUUCGGGAUCCGAUCUGUCGGUAUUCUACCAAUGCAGCUUCGAAGGCUACCAAGACACUCUCUACGUCCUUUCCAACAGACAAUUCUACAAAGACUGCGACAUCUACGGAACAGUCGAUUUCAUAUUCGGCAAUGCAGCAGUUGUUUUCCAGAACUGCAACAUUAGGCCCCGAAAGCCACCAAACGGCACCAACGCCAUAACGGCUCAAGGCCGAACCGAUCCGAACCAGAACACUGGCAUUGUCAUUCACAAUUCCAGAAUCACACCGUCUGAGGAACUCAAGGCCGAUCAAGGCUCGGUAGACACGUAUCUUGGAAGACCGUGGAAGGAAUAUUCACGAACCGUAAUAAUAAAAACAUUUAUGGAUGGAUUUAUUCGGCCGGAAGGUUGGCUUCCGUGGAGCGGUGGUUUCGCGUUGAAGACAUUGUUUUAUGCUGAGUACGCGAACACGGGGGCCGGUUCGUCGACUGUGAACCGGGUGGGUUGGCCUGGAUAUCGGGUUUUUACUAGUGCAAGUGAAGCAUCUGAAUUUACAGUUGGGAAUUUUAUUGCUGGAGAUUCAUGGUUGCCUGCCACCAAUGUACCUUUCAAUACUGGACUAUAAAAAUUUCAUGAACUUGGUAAUACAAGCUCAGUGUAUAUGAACGUUGUAUGAUGAUCGAAUAAGAUGUUGUAUUGUUUUCUAUAAUAUACAAAGUAAAUUCAUUGGCAAGUAC